AUGGGUCCCCAGAAGCCAAUGCCACAGACUUUGUCGCCGCGAAUGACACGAUGGUGCAUCAAGAUGUCGUCGUACGACUACGAACUCGUACAUCGCACAGGGAAGAAACACCAGAACGCCGACGCACUAAGCCGCCUGCCGCUAGACACCACAAUAGAUGAACCACCCCCGCCGGGUGAUAUACUCAUGUUCGAGGCGCUGCCGAACCCUCCGCUAACAGCUGACACGGUAGCAGCGUCAACGCAGGAGUGCACUGUCGUGAAGGAAGUCUACGCAGCUAUACAAGAAGGCAACGUGCAGAAGCUAAAGGGUGAACACUUCAACGCUUACCGCAAGCGAGCUGCGGAGUUGAGCACUCAUCGCGGUUGCGUCACCUUGGGAUCAAGAGUUGUAAUUCCGGCGGCACUUCGCGAACAGGCCAUGUCGCUUGUCCACGCAGGUCAUCGAGGCAUUGUUGCCAUUAAAAAGUGUGCCAGAAGUUACAUGUGGUGGCCGGGUAUCGACGGUGAUAUAGAAUCGACAGUUAAAGAUUGCCAGCCUUGCCAAUGCAACCACAGAAGUCCGCCAAGAGCCCCUAUUCCUGAAUGGGAAAGACCAGACGCGCCUUGGCACACCCUGCAUAUUGAUUUUGCUGGACCUAUCGAAGGGUGCUCAUUCCUGGUUGUUGUAGACGCAUACACCAAGUGGCUUGAGGUAAAACAAAUGGCUACAACGACAUCGGCAGCAGUUAUCGACACUCUGCGGUCGUUGUUUGCAACGUUCGGUCUACCGCGCAAGGUGGUCUCGGACAACGGCACUCCAUUUGUGUCAACGGAGAUUCUCAAGUUCUACAGCGACAAACGGCGUCUCGUCUGUUACAUCAGCUCCCUACCACCCGGCAACGAACGGACAAGCCGAGCGCUACGUGGCUGA